CCACUAAUCAUCAGCCGCCCAUGGAGAACGGCGGGGAAGCGGCAAAGUGGCGCUUCGGGGCGGCGAACCCGGCGCUCGAUGCGGCUGGCCGGCACAACAUCCGCUCCCUCGUGCACGACCUCUAUGACUGCCUUGACAAGACUGACCCGCGCCACGUCGUGCCGCUUGGCCACGGCGACCCCUCGGUGUUCGCGUGCUUCCGCACGGCGGCCGCCGCCGAGGAGGCCGUCGUCGCCGCGGCGCUGUCAGGCAAGCACAACAACUACGCCCGUGCCGCCGGCGUCGAGGAGGCGCGCAGCGCCGUCGCCGCGUACCUGUCCCGCGACCUCCCCUACGAGGUCACGGCGGCCGACGUCGUCAUCACCUCCGGCUGCAACCACGCCAUCGAGGUCAUGAUGACCGUGCUGGCGGCGCCCGGCGCCAACGUGCUGCUGCCGCGGCCCGGGUUCCCCAUGUACGAGUCGCGCGCCGCCCUGUGCGGCCUCGAGUUCCGGCACUUCGACCUCCUGCCGGACAAGGGCUGGGAGGUCGACCUCCCCGGCGUGGAGGCCCUCGCCGACGAGAACACCGUCGCCAUGGUCAUUGUUAAUCCCAACAACCCAUGUGGGUGCGUCUACUCCUACGACCACUUGGCCAAGAUUGCAGAGACCGCAAGGAAGCUCGGGAUCCUAGUCAUCAGUGAUGAAGUGUACGGCCACUGCGUCUUUGGGAGCAAGCCGUUCGUGCCGAUGGGUGUGUUUGGGGCGACAGCUCCGGUGGUCACCAUGGGAGGCAUCUCCAAGAGGUGGAUGGUGCCUGGUUGGCGACUUGGCUGGAUUGCAGCAACCGAUCCCAAAGGAAUCCUCAAGAACAAGAAGAUUAUCGAGGCCGUAAUAGGCUACCGUGCCAUCUCCGUAGACCCUGCGACAUUUGUUCAGGGAGCUCUACCCCAAAUCAUCGCCAACACGGACAAAGCCUUCUUCGAGAACGCCAUGAACGUGUUGCGAGAGGCGGCGGAGAUAUGCUACCAGAAGCUCAAGGAGAUCGAGUGCGUCACUUGUCCUCACAAACCGGAGGGGUCCAUGUUCGUCAUGGUGAAGCUGGACCUGUCCUGCUUAGAUGGCAUCCAUGAUGACGUCGACUUCUGCAGCAAGGUUGCCAGCGAGGAAUCCGUGCUAAUUUGCCCAGGGAGUGGGCUAGGAAUGAAGAAUUGGCUCCGUAUUACAUUUGCAGUUGAUCCAACCCUUCUUGAGGAUGGCCUGGAGAGGGUUAAGUCCUUCUGCAAAAGAUAUGGCAAACCAAGGAGGUGAACUAAUAUAUUCAUAUGGAUUGGGUCCUCCAAAAUAAAGUUUGAUUGUGCAUGUGUAACUUGCGUUGCAUAUGAGAAAAAUCAAACUCAGAUGAAUGUAAUAGUUAAUGAACUUGCACAUUUUUUAAGGUACCGCUUAGAACAAGAAAUUGAUCCUACAUUCUUUUGAAUCAUGUAGUGCUAGCUGUUUUUUA